CAUCCACAUCACCUGUACUUCCCGCUGUCAGUUUUAUCAACCAAUUUGACUUGCUUAAACCUUGUUACACCGGACCUUACAAACGUUUCAACAGGAUGGAACUACCCACAUAUCCUGGUGGACAAGUGUUUCGACCUGCAGGGAACAGAAUAUCGAGAUCUCUAAAUUCGUUGGGUUCUGAAAUGGAUAUUGGCGGACAUAGAAACCCGGCAUUUGAAGAUGAUACAUGCGAUUCCAUAGGUUCGUGUUCUAACUCCAGAGAUAGCGAUUCCUCUGACGGGAAUGACGAUAGGGACGAGACAAGUCAAAAAGUCCCAUAUCAGAGUACGAACGUACCAAGAUAUUACUCAUCAGAGAACCCUCAUGUUCCAGUCAGAUCAACAGCCAAAUGGGAUGUGUUUCAAGUGAGUUCUGAGGACAAUGUUUCCGGUUCAGGUUUGGCGUGUUGGAACGCCUGCUUCCUCAUCACCAGGACGACGUUCUGUAUUCUUCUAUUCAUCAUCGUCUGUGUGACGUCUAUGAUUUCAAAAUUGACAUUUCUUACAAUGACAGCCAAUAUCUUCCCUCCGUCUACUAAGAAUAGACUGAAAACUUUAGGAGGAACUCUGUCCUACACAGGCAGAUCCUGGAUAUACACUGAUGUUAGGUGGAUCUGGGGAGUUCUAAUCGCAAUAUCGGCACCAUACCUGUUCACAGUAUUCAAGUACACCUGGGUUCUGCUUUUUAGAAAAACCUGGCCUAUGCAGUGGCGUACUCUCUUAGCGGUAGUUUGUCUAGAAUCGCUGCAUUCCAUUGGAUUGUGUAUUUUUACUCUGGUGGUGUUACCGAGUUUCGAUCCUCUGACCGCGUGUGUUGUUUGUUUCAGUAUAUCUUUGGUUCCAGGAAUUCUUAAGGUCAUUUUCCCAUCUGGAGAGCGAAAAGACAAUGCAAGUUCUUCCAAUCACUUUUAUGGUGCUCGUAUUGUGAGUACAUUCGCCGUUCUUUGUCAGAUAGGUUCUAUAGGUUUGUGGAGCUAUUAUGUCUUUUGUUCGAAAACAUCAAAUUCUGUCCUGCUGAUGGCAUUGGCAAUUCUGUCGUCGAUUUUGGUUUCAUUUUCAUGGUGGGAAAAUUUUGUAUCACAGUCAGAAUCUUCUUCGAUGUUUUCGUUGUCCAACCUAAAGAAAAAUAUGAAAAAGGAGAGGGUGAGAAUUGGAAUCAUUUCUAAUUUAUGGAAGAUUAUACUGACAAUCGUAAUAAUGCCAAGUCUUCUGAUUGGUGCUGGAUGUGAAAAUGGAACCGCCUGUAUCAAAACAUUUUUCUUUCAUUCCGUGGGCAAAGCCGAAUUUAAUCUCACAGAUUCUACAAACUUUACCGUCGAUGGACAGUAUGGAAAAGAUUGCGUAUCAUAUUUACCAUUUAUCAUUUCGAUGGUAAAUGUUUUAUCCAACAUUAUUUGUUAUAAAUGUGUAAAAAUAGCAAGUAAGAUUAUGGCACAGAAGCUCUGUUUUGCAUUGCCAAUCAUUAUUUCCACACCGGCUGUUCUUGGUAUAUUUUUUGGAAUAUACUCCAACUCGAAACGUCUGAACGUUGGAACUGAAAAUUGCGUUAUUUUCCCUCUACCCCACUGGUUCAAUGAAAAUGCCGAUCCCUCUCUCCUGUUUGACUAUGCGGAGAAUUACUGGCCCGCACUGUUAGCCGGGUUUCUGGGGUUUCUCUCCUUCCUACUGAUUUCUAACCAUAUCUGGUCACCAAACGAGGAACGAUUGAUCACAACAGAUCGCUUAUUCGUUCGUGCUUUGUAUAGCGGUGCAUUUUUAGACCAGUCUUUGUUUCUAAAUCGAAGAAGGAUGGAUAAAGAAAUAAAACAAUCUAAACUUAAGAAAGAAAACGAGAAAGUCCCAAUUCCUGACACUAGUAAUGAUACUUCACAAGAAAAGGAUCAGUGGUCUACAUACAGAGAGAAUGAUACACCAAUGAUUUACAUGUGUGCUACAAUGUGGCAUGAAUCGGAGAAGGAAAUGGUACAGAUACUCAAGUCCAUAUUUAGACAAGACAUUGAUCAGUGUACGAGGCAACACCUACAAAGUGGGUUAGGAAUAAAGGACCCAGAUUACUAUGAAUUUCAAGCGCAUAUUUUCUUUGAUGACGCAUUUGAAUCGAGGAUGGACAGCAAAGGGAGAUACAACGUCAACACCUACGUCAAACAACUCCUCGAAUCCAUAGACAUUGCAGCAAGAUCUAUAUACUCGGCAUAUGGAAGAUACAAGUCCAUCCCCCCACCAGUUCGAACAAACACUCCCUAUGGAGGGCGUCUGCAAUGGAAACUUCCAGGAGGAAAUAGCCUGACCGCUCAUCUAAAGGAUAAAACCAAGAUACGUCAUAGAAAGAGAUGGAGUCAAGUGAUGUAUAUGUACUAUUUCAUGGCCUAUAAAUUGAUGAACAUGCCCCAAAAAUCGAGAACGCAAAAACGAACAAUUGCAGCGAAUACCUUCCUUUUGGCAUUGGACGGUGAUGUUGAUUUCCAGCCAAAGGCUGUUCAGCUCCUGGUGGAUAGAAUGCGGAAGAACCCAAAUGUUGGUGCUGCUUGUGGACGAAUUCAUCCGAUAGGAGCAGGUCCGAUGGUAUGGUACCAGAAAUUUGAGUAUGCUGUAAGUCACUGGCUACAAAAGGCAGCCGAGAACGUGUUAGGAUGCGUGCUGUGUAGUCCAGGAUGUUUUAGUCUGUUCCGUGGCUCUGCCCUUAUGGACGACAACGUGAUGGCACGAUACACUACCUGUCCCACGGAACCACAUCACUAUGUACAGUAUGAUCAAGGUGAAGACCGAUGGCUGUGUACUCUACUACUACAGCAAGGAUACAAAGUGGAGUAUGUAGCUGCUAGCGAUGCGCUGACGUAUGCCCCAGAAGGUUUCUAUGAAUUCUAUAAUCAGAGAAGGAGAUGGUCUCCAUCAACAAUGGCCAAUAUACUGGAUCUUUUGAUGGACUGGAGAAAUGUAACAAGGAACAACGAGGACAUAUCCAUGCUGUAUAUAUUAUACCAGAUGUUUUUAAUGGCCUGCUCCAUUUUGACCCCGGGGACAAUUUUCCUGAUGAUUCUCGGGGCUAUAAGCAUGGCGUUUCCUGCUAUUCCGCCGUCUGCUGGGAUGAUCAUCAAUCUUGCGCCUGUGAUGGGAAUGGUUAUACUGUGCUUUAUUGCUAAAUCAGAAACUCAAUUGGCCUAUGCUGCUGUUGUCUCGACUUUCUACUCCUUGCUGAUGAUGGUGGUGUUGGUGGGACUUAUGGUGGAGGCUGUCACAGCCGGGUUCUGUUCCGUCACUACCUUGUUUCUCGUGUUUGUUGUUGGAGUUUUCUUUGUCUCGGCCGUUAUUCACCCUCAGGAAUUCUUUUGUGUCCUCCAUGGUUUCCUUUACUUCCUCUCCAUUCCAUCGAUGUCCAUGUUGCUGAUGAUCUAUUCGCUCGGUAACCUGCACGUGGUGUCUUGGGGAACACGGGAAACAAAGGAAAUAGAACCACAACAAACAGCAAAAUCGGUCAACAAGGAGCCUGAUAAAAACAAAUCUCAAAGAAUUUUGGAAUCUCUUGGGUUUGGUACCAAUGAUAGAAAAUCAGAUUAUCUUUUUUCCUGUGGAAAUUUCAUAAGAUGUUGCCCAACCCGGAGAUCGGAUGAAAGGUUAUUCAACAUUCUACUAGACAGACUUGAUGACAUAGAAGCUCAGAUCAAGCAAGACUCACAAAAUCCGGAACCAGAGGAAGAAAGGCCUGCAGAAAUACUUCAUUUUACGAAACAGGAAGCUUUGAUUGACGGAGCAGUGGAGAGAAGUAACCCCGUUUUUCAUGACGAAAUAAAACCUGAAAACGACGAACAUGCGUCUUGGAUAAAUGAUGAGGAUUUAAAAAACGGUGCCAUUGAUUUGCUACAAAACGAAGAAAUAGAAUUUUGGCAAGAAUUUAUAGAAAAGUAUCUAAAGCCGCUGAAUCAUGACAAAGAGCACCAAAAACAGAUGCAUCAAGGUCUUAUAGAGCUCAGAAACAAAGUAUGUCUUGCAUUUCUGUUGAUGAAUGCCCUUUUUGUGACGAUUGUGUACGUAUUAACAGAAGUCAAUUCUAGUACUCAUCAAACCCUUUCCAUCAAACUUCCCUGCACUGUAUCAGAAGGACGACCCGGAAGAGGAUAUAUCGAACCGAUAUCAUUUGCAUUUACUGCCAUAUUUGGUAUCAUGCUGCUUUUACAAUUUAUAUGUAUGCUUAUGCAUCGUAUGUCGACAUUUAUCCAUAUCGCUGCUUCUACAAAUUUUGAUUUGAAGAAAAAGCUAUUUGAUGGAUUUAAUUCCGACGAACAAAAGCCACAAGUUAUCGGAGUAGAAGACGGGUUGGAAAUCGUGAAAGCACUGCAGACGGAGAAGGACGAUGACAAUAUAUCUGUAGCUUCCCAAGAAACUUCUUACAGCGAAGACUCCUACACGCAUUCUGGGAAUAGAACCAGAGAGAUGUGGAAAAAAUACACAAGACGAUUACGAGAAAAAACCAGUACUCAACCCCAAGAAUUACGUUUGAAUUUUGCAAAAAAUUUAGAGAAGCUAAGCAACGCUCUAGAUGAAGGGGAUAACGCAAGUACUAGGGGGAUACAAGAGGAAAGUAAUGCUAGCAUUAACGACGAGAAAAUCUCGAAUGUUCAGAAAGUGUUCAGAAAUCGGUUUAAUACGAAGACACUACAAGCUGUAAGAACGAUAGCAGAAACUGAAGGUAAAGCUCAAGAUAUCAAAAGACGAGCCACAGCUUUGAAGCAAAAGGACAAAAUUAAGAGUCGGUGGAAUGAAAUAAGAGAAAAAACAAAACUUCAACUGGAAGCUGAAAACGGAGAACGAAAUGGAAGGACAAGCAAAGUUGGUUUCGCUUCCGUGGCAAAGGCUGCAGUGGCUCAGGAAAAACGAAUGCAUCUAGAGGAAAACGAUGAAACUUUAUUACAUGACGAGGACAAGAAAGAUGAUAGAACACCUGCUACAUCUGUACAGUCGACGACUCUGGAGGUCGUAGUGGAAAACGACCAAGAAGGAAACUCCUUGGAAAAUGAAGAAGAUAGUAAAACGGAAGAAGAUAAAACUGAAAGUUCCCUUUCAGGACAUCAGGAGAGCAAACAAGCAGAUAAUGUAGAGUCCAUCAAUUUAUAGUUAAUUUUCUAACUAAGUUUUAUAUUGUCAACAGGAUAUUACAAGAUAUUUACAUUCCCAAUGUCUUUACCUUUGAUGUCUUUACCAAUUGAAAUGAGAGUCAUGUCAUCAUGAAUGUGGAGAAUGUGCGUAUGAAUGUUGAUAAAUAUAGUACGAUUGUUCUAACGGCUGGGAAUAUUUCGACAGAAAUGAGAGUUAAAUGUAAAUUUUAAAAAUGAAUUUCAUUUUAAAAAAAAUACAUGAGGGUAUAAACAGGAACGCUUCACACCAGCUUACUUUUCACGACAUAUGCUGGCAUAAAUCAUCGCAUUUCAUGCCCUUGUGUAUUUUCAAAGAUAAAUUCUAUUCUUGUUUGCAUGCACGAAUGCUGUAUGGUUUGGUUUUGUCAUCAUUUCAAAAUUGAUGUGCGCGGGAACGAGUGCUAUUUCAAAUAUUAAGAAAUCGGCUUUCAAAAGUUGCUGGGAAUGGAGUCUUUCAUGAUGUUGUUUUAUCGAUACAAAUGUAAGACAAAUGCCAGUGGAAUCUUUGAAUACACGUAGAAAAAUUUGAUUAUUUCAAGGGUGUAUUGUAUUAUGUUUCGUAAAUAUCUAUUCAAUUUUUGACAACUCGAUCAUUUUUCUUAUCGUCAGAAAAUAUGUACUAGAAACAAAGUUAUGAAAUUACAACUUUGUACAGUAUACAUAUCUUGCGCAUGUUGUUCACCACCAUUUUCUUUAAAAUAGCCAAUACAUGUAGUUAUCAUCGAUAUUUGUUACAGUAUUUGUAAGACUGUUUCCAGAAAUGAAACUUUGUAGACAUGUUUGUAAAUCGAAAUUGAAAAUAAAUAAAAUAUAUUCAUAUACAAAUCAAAUAAACCUAGACAUAUAUGAUUAAUUUAAAGGUACGUAAACAUUAUUGCUAGUACUAUUUUAAAAUUUUCCUUUGAAAAGAUAAUGAUUAUCAUAAAAAUAUGAAAUUAAUAUUUCAAAGAAAGAAAAAGAAAAGAUGUACUUCCUGAUUUUUGGAAUCUAUGGACUGUGAUGUAUUUGACAUCCACAAUGUAAGGGAACAUUUCUGGUAAUUCGCAGUUUGUUUUUGUUGAACAUUAAAAAUGAAAGCGUAAGAAAGAAUACCAUUGUGUUAUCUGUCAUUUAUUAAAUGACUAGAAAAUAAACUUGCAUAUUACAUAA